CAUCUUAACAUCACAUGGCAUCUGACAGCAAUAGUGCUGGGCAUACAGCACCAGCUUUCUGAGUACCCCUAAGAAUCUACCCCCCCAGGUGGGGUAGCGGGGGUGAUCAUAACCUCAAAUUUUGUAAGGUGCUUAAAGGCGGUGUUACAAAUAGUAUAAGGAAGACCAAAAAAGACAUACUCAGGAUGUUUUCAAGGAAGAAGCGGGAGCUGAUGAAAACCCCGUCCUUAUCAAAGAAGAGCAGAGCAGGAAGCCCAGCACCACAGAGCGAGUUACCCCGCAAGGAUCCAAAUGAACCGUUUACUGAAAUUAUCCCUAACCCACUGCCCAGCAGCAGUCCUGUUUCUACUGGGACAUUAAAGAGACCUACAAGCUUAAGUCGCCAUGCCAGUGCAGCAGGAAUCCCUUUAACCUCUUCCAGAGUCAAGACCGUCAAACCAUCCGGUGUACCAAGUCCACCUGAAAGUGGAGAGGGACCCUUUAUUGAUGUGGAGGACAUUUCACAACUUCUUGGAGAUGUAGCAAGAUUUGCAGAGCGUCUGGAAAAACUAAGGGAUGUGGUACUGACAGAUGAGGUAAAGGAAACCCGGCGUCCACUGGCUCAUGAGUGUCUUGGGGAAGCACUAAGACUCCUUCGCCAAGUAAUAAACAAAUAUCCUCUCCUCAACACUGUUGAGACUCUGACUGCAGCUGGGACCCUCAUCUCCAAAGUUAAAGGUUUCCACUAUGAAGCAAGCAUUGAAAAUGAAAAGCGUGACUUUGAGAAAGCUUUGGAGAGCAUGGCUGUGUGCUUUAGCAGCACAAUCUCAGAAUUCCUUAUGGGAGAAGUGGACAGUAGCACCUUAUUAUCUUUACCACUCGGGGAUCAGAGUCAGUCCAUGGAGAGCUUAUACGGUAGUCUUUCUGGAGCGGAGAGUACAUUGGCCAGUGCAGAGUAUGUGGAUUCAGGAAGCCCUUUUGGUGAUGAUGUGGACAUCAUCUUACAGAAGAGUGAAGGAGGUGUACGAGCGGCUUUCUCCUAUGCCAAAAAACUUGCAAAAUACAUGAAAGAUCUGACCAGUUACAUUGAGAAGAGGACAAUCCUGGAGAUGGAGUAUGCCAAGGGACUUCAGAAACUGGUGAACACCACCAAAGGUGCCAUAACACAAGAGCCAUAUUUGCCUUUCCAGUCGAUUUAUUCAGUGGCUUUGGAGCAGGACCAGGAACAUGCACAUGGAGUCCUCCACACAUCUCUGACACUUCAGCAGCAGACAUAUAUGCAGCCAGUGAAUAUGCGACGCUUGGAACAUGAGAAACGCAGAAAAGAGUUGAAGGAGCAGUGGCAGCGAGCUCAGCGCAAACUGAUGGAGGCAGAAGUCAACCUGAGGAAGUCAAAGCAGACAUAUAUGCAGCGAAGUGAAGAGCAUGAAAAAGCACUGUACUAUGCAGCACGUGCCGAAGAGGAGCAGAGUCACAUCGGUACCAAAUCAGUUGACAAGAAAAGAAGAGCAGAGGAAGAAGCUAAAAACAAAGCAGAAGAAGCAAUGGCAACCUACCGGACGUGCAUUGCAGAUGCCAAGACACAAAAGCAGGAGCUGGAAGAUGUGAAAGUGAAUGUUCUUCGUCACCUACAAGAGCUCAUCAAACAGACCGACCAGAUCCUGCGUUCGGCCACAAUAUCCUACUAUCAAAGCAUGCACAAGGAAACAGCUCCUCUGCCUGUUGGAUUCCAGACACUGUGUGAAAGCAGUAAGCUAUAUGACCUGGGACAGCAAUAUGCAUCAUAUGUCCGACAGCUAGGAGCCGAUGUGGAGAGGGAAACAUCCUAUGACUUCCAACCAUACACGCCACAGAUAACGUUGUCACCAUACAUUCGGACUAGAAAGUCAAGUUUAUCAUCCCAGGAUUUUCCUGCUACAGAAAAUAAGGAACCUACAGCAGAGGAGAAGGUUGUGGAGAGAAGAGGUGGUAGAGGCCAUCAGACACAUAAAUCAUGGCCAAGUGCUCUGCCUGAGGGAGAUGCAGUAGAGAGAAAGGAAGCAGCAGAUUUCCCAGAAAAGCUAAUACAGCCUCUUACCCCCACUGAAGACAACGAAAAUAAAAAACUGACAUCACUGGAACAAGGCAUUAAUGGUCUCCCUGCUGCUUUGGAAGCGUCCCUGCCCACUGGGCCAUUUCGUAAUGUCGGCUUAUCUCGGGCUGCUCGAACACACAAACUGCGCAAGUUGCGGACACCAAGCAAAUGUCGGGAGUGUAACAGUUAUGUGUACUUCCAGGGAGCAGAGUGUGAAGAGUGCUCCCUUGCCUGUCACAAGAAAUGUCUGGAAACUCUGGCUAUCCAGUGUGGUCACAAGAAAUUGCAGGGUCGGCUGCUUUUGUUUGGCAGGAACUUCUCGGAGGCAGCACAAAGGUCUCCAGAUGGAGUGCCUUUCCUCAUCCACAAGUGUGUCUCUGAGAUUGAAGCCCGCGCACUGAUCAUGAAGGGUAUAUACCGUGUGAAUGGGGUAAAGACUCGUGUGGAAAAGCUGUGCCAAGCUUUUGAAAAUGGCAAGGAACUAGUUGAACUUUCUCAGGCAUCACCUCAUGAUCUGAGCAAUGUUCUUAAACUUUACCUUCGACAGCUACCUGAACCUAUAAUGCCAUUCCGGCUAUACAAUGGUCUUAUGGGCCUUGCAAAGGAAAGCCUACGUGGCUACGAGACAGGUAAGCCAUCCCGACUGGAGAACAAAGGACCAGAUACUGAACCAGAGGUACAAGCUAUGGUGGAAAAACUUAAGGCGCUGCUUCUGGAGUUGCCUCACGAAAACAAAGCCACGCUGCAGUACUUGAUAAAGCAUCUAUGCAGAGUUUCAGAGCUUGAACAACAGAACAAGAUGAGCCCAAGCAACAUAGGUAUCGUUUUUGGGCCUGCAUUGAUGCGACCACGCCCCACAGAGGCCACUGUAUCUCUGUCAUCCCUUGUGGAUUAUCCUCAUCAAGCACGAAUUAUUGAGGCACUCAUUGUCUUCUAUGACAUAAUCUUUGAGGAGCCACCCUUAGAUCUGGACAAGGUUUCGAAAAACAGUGAUGACACAUCUUCAGAAGGAGCUGUCGCCAGGCUUCAAGUCACUACUGAAGAAGAGGAGAGCAGUGUGGCCAGAGAGUACCGAAACACAACAUUCAGAGAGUCAGUUGGAUCAGUGGAUUCAGAUUCUGAAUCAGAUGGUGGAGAAGACUUGCCCAGGCAAUGGGAAACCAAUGCUCAACUUUCAAAAGAGGUCGGUGAGACUGGCACCGAUGAUAUCCCCUUCAUUGGAACCGAUGUACAGUCCGAGUCAGAAGAAGACAAUGCUAAAAGUCAAGAUCUGGCAGGAAGCAACACAAAUCAGUCUAACAAUGUGCUAAUGACUGCUCAAGUUAUGAGGACCCCUUUGCAUUGCCACCGUCACCUUCCCAUCAUCCGUUUGUUACAAGGAAGAACCACACUGAGCUCUUCAUCCGGCCGCUAUCCCCAGUUUGUAUAGGGCACUAAAUUCUGUCUUAUGUGCCUUGCAGCCCAGUUAUCUAAAUAAUCUAGGAGGGAUUUAAGGGACUCGGUUACAAAGCAAACCACCUCUAAUGGGAGGCAGCCUUUCCAACGCUUGCAGCAUUCUAGUUCC